AUGAGCGGGUCGCGGCCACUGCGGGGCGGGUGCCAAUGCGGCCGGAAUCGUUACAUCAUCGUCAUCCCAGAGAACGGCAUCAAGGACGCUCAGGUCCUGUUUAACACUGAGCCACAGCAUCAGAUUCCUCUCGCAACACCUCUAGCAGCGUACAUUCGCGUGCCGCUCUCAUGGUACCACAGCUCUACCUACGCCUUCUUCCCAGAUGAAACGCACACCAUGAUCCGCAAGGUCUACUCGCACCCGAGCCAGGACUACUCCAAACGGCACUUUUGCGGCUUCUGCGGGACGCCCUUGUCGUAUUGGUCCGAGCAGCCUCGCAGCGAGGCCGAGUUCAUCAACCUCACCCUGGGGAGCCUGCUUCGGGAAGACAUUCGAGACUUGGAGGACAUGGGCCUGAUUCCCGAAGACGAAGAGUCGCCGCCCAGGAGCGAGGCAGCAGCCCCAGCGGUGCCGACGAGAAGAACCGCCAUCCAGCAGUCGUUUGGCGUGCCGUGGUUCGACGGGCUGAUUGAGGGCUCGCGGCUGGGAAGCAUGCGCAGGAGCUACGGCACUAAGACGUCGCGCGACGGGCAGACGAGCAUCGAAUGGGACAUUGUCGAGUAUUCGGAGAAUGGCGGCGGGGAAAUGGAAGAGGAUGAGCCUGCCGGGGCGGCGUCGACGCAGCUGGGCAAAAGGAAGCUCAGAGAUCAUUAG